UGAAAGUUACGUGUAAAGUGGAAGAAGUGCAUUACUAAGGCAUACGUCAGUACAAAGCAUAUUUACGUUUUAUUUUUAAUAGUGAACCUUGAAGACGGCAUAAAUGCGGCGCCUAUGGCUGGUAUUAUAUUUUAGCAUAAAAGUGGAAACUGAAGAAAUAGUUCUAUUCUGUAACACAAACAGGCACAUUUUUUGGAAAUAAUGUCAAAAGUUAUCAGUUUUUUAUCUCCCUUAUCAAGAAAAUUGUCACCGGCAUCGCCAAAAAGUGAUACGAAAUUUAACAGAGUAAUAAAUCAUGGAAAGGACAGACGACGAAAACUAAAUUCCGCUUCCGUCACUAACAGUGGGAUGGAUCUCUAGUACCGGAACAUGAAUUUUGUCCAAAAAUCUCCUGUAGGUACGUCUUGACCUUGCAACUCAUAUCCAGUACCUCGUCCAAUGCACUUUAGUUCGAGAAACAUUGUCGAAUGAAGAGCUCCAUAAUGAUUUGAUGACGUACAAAAAUACUCUUUUUUCGGACUCGUGACGUGAGUUUCAGGGUUGGAUCUGCAAAAAAGUUGCAUUAUGAGUAUCCACCAAUGCUCAAUCCAUCUGUAGUUCGUCCACAAAUAAAAAUCACACAGUGUGCUUCAGUUACUUCUAUCGGAACAAAAAAUGACUUUAUUAUCAAUCGCAAAAAUGCAGAAGAUAUUUGCAGGAAUGGUGUGAACAAUGACAAACGCUUGGUUGUAUUAGGAAAAGGAGGCUUCGGAACAGUUGUCAGAGGGGUUUUUAAAGGACACACAGUAGCCUUAAAGGUAUCAAGGGGGGAUAUGGGGCUACCUGGAGAAGAUAAUGCUGUGAAUCUAGACCAUCCAAAUGUUGUCAAAACGCUCCACGUUCCUAAAACUGAGGAGGAAGAAUACCACUUCCGACUGAUCAUAAUGGAAUACUUUCCCAAUUGUCAACAGCUUCUCUCACUGAUCGAAGAUAGCAAGUUUAACAUGGAUGCAAAUUUGCUGAAAUUUUCCAAAGACAUUGUGGAUGGAUUGUGGUUUUGUCAUAGAAAUGGUGUGCUACAUUUGGAUUUGAAACCACAGAACGUUUUAGUAUGUGACGGAGUUUGCAAGAUUUGUGAUUUUGGUAGCUCCCGUAGACCGAAUCACGAGCGGGGAUUCAUAUAUCAGGGUACAUUAAUAUAUGCUGCACCUGAAUUGUUGAUGGGAUGCUGGCCAACAGAGAAAUGUGAUAUAUAUUCUUUGGGGAUAACCUUCUGGCAAAUGAAAAGCAGAAAAAGUCCUUAUUCAGAAUAUGAAAAUAUGGAAACAAUUAUAUACAAGGUAUUGGACAAGUAAGGAAGUGGUGAAAUUUAAUCUACGACCGGAAGAAAAUACACCUGAUUUAAAUUAUGCAAAACUGUAUCAAAGGUGUUGGAGUAGAGACCCCGAUGAUAGACCUACGAGCUUUGAAGUUAUAAAAAAUUUACUCAAAGAUUGUUUUUAAUUAUGCCUCAUUAUUUUGUUAUUUUAGUUAUAUAUUUUAUCUUGUUUUACGUACUUUUGAUCAAUAAAAUGCCGUUUUUACGUUU